AUGCCUACUUUGAUUCGUCCUGUCAAUAAUCUUGAACGUUUUUAUCUUAUCCUUCAAAAUGUUAGUAAUUAUACUAACGUGGGAUUCACUAUUCGUUAUCGAUGGGAUGAAUUAUAUCAAUUAAAUACCACUACAAAUUCUGUGAAUACAGAACUCGCUAAAAAAUCAAUUUUGCAAAUACUUUAUCCUACUUUAACUACCCUUCUCCAAAAUCUUCCUAAUCUUUCCGUUUGCAUUCAUAAUGCCAAUUCAAAUAAACCAAUAUAUUUACAAUUAGAUGAAAUUGAUUUAUCUAGUUUGGUAAAAUUUGUUUCGAUUUCUUCAGAUCAGGAUCUAGAGAAAUUAAUAGAGCAUGAACAUGAUUUAAAAUUUAAUUUGGAAGACGAAUCAAAACCUUUAUGGAGAAUUGUUGUAGGAAUCUAUAAAUAUGGGAUAAAUAAAACUCCUGGAAGUAGUGGUGAAGAUAGUGGCAUAGAUGGAAUGGAAAAGAUUAGACGAUCAGACUACGAUUUUUGUAUCUUCUUUUGUUGGCAUCAUGUAAUUGGUGAUGGAAUGAGUGCUUUUGCUAUUCAUGGAACUUUCUUAAAAGUAUUAAAACAAACCUUUAAAGAAUAUAAUGAAACACCCAAACGAAAGACUCAUCAACCUUAUUUACCUUCCUCAAAAAUUCUCACAAAAAAUUUAACCACUAGAAUGCAUGAUCCAAUUGAAACAUUACACGAUCUUCAACCUUCUAUUUUAUCCCUUAUCAAAGAAGGAUGUUCAGAAUUUUUACUUCCUUCUUUUCUUCAAAAACAAUUAAAGGGUCAAUAUUGGACGGGUGAUAAACAUCUUAAAAACACUCCUUAUUAUCAGAAUAGAAUUAAAAUAUUUUCUUUACCAUCAAGAUAUUAUGAGAAAAUUAUUUCAGUCAUUAAAUCUAAUCAAACUACUUUUCAUUCAUUAUUUAAUACUGCUAUACUAUUUUCUUCCUAUCAUCAUUUACUUUCCUUUAGUUUUAAUGGAGUCAGGGGUAAAAGAAUUAGAAAUCGUAAACGGAGAUCCCCGGCUGCAUCUGAUAAUACUUUAAAAAUAAUGACACCAGUUUCGGUAAGAAAAUAUACUUCACCUAAUAUUCCAUGGACAGAAAUGGGUAAUUUUGUUGGUGAAACAGUGUUUAAUUAUUCAUUCCCUAAGCCAUCAUUUUCUGAAGCAAGCUCUGCUAAUACUUCGACAUCAAAUUCUGCUCGUAAUUCAACAUCAACUACAUCAACUACCAAUUCAAGAUAUUCCACUUCAUCUCGUCUAUCAAGUCAAUCCACACUCUCCAGACGAUCAGCUAGUUCAAGGAAAUCACGUAAAAUCAAAUAUAACAAGAAUAAUAAAAUUAGGAACAUUAAUUUCUGGGAACUUUGUCAUACAUUUAAAUAUCAACUAGAAAAAUCUAUUCCAGAAGCAAUUGGGGAUAUAGGAUUGUUAGGAUUUUUACCAAAAGAUCGUAAAUAUUUGGAAACCUAUUAUAAAAAUAAAAAAAAUUUAUAUCCUAAUGGUAGAGCCUUUUCAAUAAUGCCAUCAAAUUUAGGAAAAUUUCCAAAAUUAGAUGAAAAUGGAAUAAUAGAUAUCCCAAUAUUUGAGGUUACAUCACCGAUAAUAAAUAAUGAAAGAAAUAGUAUUUUAUUAGAGAAGUUUGAAGAAAAUCGAAAUCAAUUUUGUAGACGAAGUAGUUUUUAUGGACAUCGUAAAAGUGGACGAGAAGAAUAUUAUAGUGAUUCAAUUUAUAGUGAUAAUGGUAGUAAUGGAGGUGGAGAAGAAUUUAAUAAUUCUAAUGGAUGGGAAAUAGUAGAUAUGAUAUUUUCACAAUCAAUUUGGAAAGAUGGACCAGCGACUAUAGUGAAUGCAAUUACAUAUGAAAAUAAAUUUAAUAUAACUAUUUCAUAUCAAGAAGGUUCAGUGGCGGAAGAUAAAAUAGAAAGAUUUGGAGAAGGAAUAAUAAAAUGUUUAAAAAUUUUGGCGGACAAAGGAGACGUGGAGAUUCACGAUAUUAUUUUAUAUUAG